AUGUUCGCGUAUAUGGUGCCAUCUCGCCACACCGCGGCCGCCGUCGCCGUCUCUACGGGAUCGUCGUCCUCUACCCACUCUGUACGUAUGCGCCUGUCGCCACAGGCUCGCACGAGAGGUGCGAGCGGUGCUCCCGCAACACCAACGACGAACAGCAGCGGUAGCGCCGCAUUUUCCCGCACCACGCCCCCUGCGUCGUCCCACCACCGCCCAGAGCAUGGCUCGCCUGUGGAGACGCCAGAUGCAGACAGCGCGACAAGGCGCACCACCACCCCAGCUGGCGCGGCUUCGUCGUUCUCCGGCCAAGGACUACGCCAACUGUCACAGCAGCGGCGCGGCACCACAUCGUCCACGGCCACGCCGCCUGGUAGCGCCCGCGCCUCUCACCAUAGCGACGCAGAUGUCGCGAGAGUGCGAGCAGCGUUGGCGGAGGCCGGAUACCCGAACCCCUCCUGGGACGACAUCGAGCGCGUCUUUGCACAGCUUGCUGUGAACCAGGACGAUGAUGAUGAUGAUGGCAACGCAGCUCCCAGACACCUAGAUACUACGCCGACUCCGUCCGCAACGCACCCCUCGCGGCGCGUCGUGCAGGAAGAUACAGUUGAGGAAGGGCAAGGGGCGGUGUACCACCACAACACUCACGGUGCAGCCAUCACCCCGCCGCCAGUGUCGCCGCCCCAACAGCAGCAGCAACACCAAGAGGAUUACCCGAGCGAAUCUAGCGGCCUUCUCCAACACCUCGAGCCGUCGUUGCGCCUGCACCGCUACAUCCAGCUACGCGAGCGGGAGCUGGAAAAGCUGUGCUUGCAGCCCUCCUCCGGUGCCCCUCACGCGCAGCAGCAACGGCAGCCGCCUGUCUCACCAGCGGUGCACGCGUCCGGGACACUACACGGCCACAGCCGUGACGCGCCACACACCUCUCAAGUGAAGACACCAAGUUUUCGAGGAGCACCCGGCGAGAGAGCCGGAAAGCGGCCGCAGCGGCGGCGUGACUCUGCUGCGGCCGUGCCACACGCGCAACGCAUACGUGGUGGCGGCUCUGCGGUUGGCACAGGGGCGGCUGCCUCUGGUGUCGCGCAGGUGACAGCCAUGGGCGCCCAUCACCGUCGCGCGGCGAACAUCGUCUUCGACGCGACGGGCGAUCAGCGCUUCCGCUUCUUUCCCACGACGCGUACGCCACCGGGGACCGGCACGUUGGUCACGAUGGCACCCGGCCCUCGCACAUCCUCGUCGUCGAUGUCGACAACAGUCCUCACAGGCGCCGCGCCGGCCACAAGCCUCGGGAGCUGCCACAACUACUACCAGUGCCCUCGACCGAACUCGUGCAGCACUGUGAGAGGCCAAGUGUCCUACCUCGACCCGGAGGGGCGCACGCUGCGGCGCAAGGCGGAUCCGGUGAAGCGCGGCGAGCAGAUGCGCCUCUUGUGGGCGAAAGACAGCUUCCUGUCGCAGCGGGACCGCCCGCGCGAGGCGUGGCGCACUCGGCAGAUCACCAUGGCGUAUGGCCAGGCUGCCGAGGGUGGUGAAGUACACCAUGGAUAG